GUACUGUGUCGCUUCGUCGGUUUCUUGUGUCGCAUGAGACUCGCAUGUCCGACACACGAUGGCGAGAACAAGAAGACAAAAAGUCCACAACCGCACUUCGGUGGUUUUGCCGCCGAUUGAUUCGAGCAGGAGGACAUCAGGGAGUCUCCUUGUCGUUGGAAAGCGUCCGUUUGAAGACCAUAUCCCGGAUGUCCUGCAGGCAUCCGUGUCCAAGACGCUGAGCACACGGAAUGGACCGUUGGGACUUCUUGCGGAGAAAUUUCUUGCUCCCGGGCCGUCAGCAACGAGUGUGACACUCAGAAAAAGGCCGUUUUGUAAAAGGAAAUGGAAAAGACAAUUUCAGGAAUUGAAGAUGGGAGACUUGAGGCAAUCUAUUUGGAAAUUCGAUAAAGACGAAGCGAGAAAAAGGAGAAGACAGAGCAAACAUCAACAUCUUAGUGUUUGGGAAUUUCAGGAUGGAAAUGGGGUAGGCCUGCUGCCCGGGUUUGCACCUCGAGAUUAUAUUGCAGCUUUGGCUGGACGAUUUGCUGACAAAAGUGGCAAUGAAAGACACAGGAUGAACGAUGUGAGCAAAUUUGCUGUUCUUCCUCGCAUCGCUGAUGCUCCAAGUCCUGCGUCUCGACCGGGAACGAAUUACCUCAGACAAGAAAAUUGCAAUGCAAUAAGUGAAGAUAGCACCCCGAGUCCUUCGUAUCUUGAAGCAGCACUACGGCAAGGUAUGGUAGCUCCUGUUAGCUCACCAGCACUACAGCAAGGUUUGGUAGCUCCCGUCUGCUCGCCAGCAUUUGCAAUUGAUAUUAGAGGAAAGAAUAAAACUUUACAGCCACUCGUGAGAUCGACCGGUAAUGUCUCUCCAUCUUCUGGUCAUUUGCUUUUUGAUCCUUGGCAAGCAGCAGAACGUUUUGAUAAAAGAAAGCUUCCUCCCAUUACUGAACUGAUAAAGAGUUCUCGAUCCGUGUCUCCAUCUCGUCCUCCCAGCCAACGGAAACAUUCAUGUCCAACUCCAGUCUUUGAUUUUAAUUCACAUGUACAGUUUGCCCCCACAAUUCAUUCCGGAUAUUCUUAUCUGCAGAUAUCGCAAACAACUAGUCCUACAUCACGAGCAGAAUUUAUGCCACUACUGCCAUCUGUUUCUGGUCGCUCGCUGAAGGCAGUAAAGGCAACACCUCACGACAGUAACAAAUUGAACUACAAUCAAGAACAAUCUCCCAUGGAAUUGCAGGCAACAUCUCUCACGCAUUUGCCGAAGUCAUUGGGUAGUUAUUCUUUACUGCCACAUCUUCAAAAACCAAAGAAUGUCGACUAUAUGAGUAGCAAAGGAAACAGGAAAGGUGCACUUACGUCUCAUGAAAGCACGCCAUUUUCUGGUGUAUUGGCUCCAGACAACAGUGUCAUAUUAGAUCAUGUGUCUGGAUAUCAAGACAUGGACCCGGUCCCUCCGUCUGUGUCGUUUAUUCGAAAUCAGGGUAUUAAACACGGGUUGACCCCAGUACAUCAGAAACUAUUUCGAUAUUUCCCCAUGUCCAGAGAUGACGACUGUCGCUUCACUGAUGGUGGUGUGUUCAAACUCACCGAAGACGACUACAGUGGACAUCAACAACUGGAAGAAGACAUAGACAGCGGUCAACAAGGCACAAGUGACUAUGAGAGCGACACCAUACGAGUUGAUUCACCCGAGUAUCCAACCCUUGCAAUGGUCACAUUCAAAAUCGGCAGCGAUGGUGACUUAUCUCUCAGUCCGACAGCCAAGCAACCGAUGUCCAUCACAAUCAAGUCCAAACGUGCAGUGAGAAAGCUUGUACGAGAAGCUAUCACCGUCUCUCGGCAGCAACAGCGAAUGGCUCAAUUGCAACAGACAGCAAAACACUCAGAACAGAGAGACUACGACGACAAUGAUCUUCCAGACGUUCCUGCACCCAGAGCAGUCAUCGCUGUCUCUCGUAAGGAACAGCGAGUUGAAAGACAUCAGGUGAGCACGACCAGCAAGGAACCUGAUGAACCAGUCAAUAGUACACAAUUUCAUCACAACGAUGAUUCUAGCAGCAAGUUUGUUGGUUUUCCUUCUGAUGUUUUUGAUGUUCCUAAAGAUGUUAUUGAUGCUUCUAAUGACUUGGGUCAAUAUUUGGAUGAGGCAGGAUUUCCACCUGGAUCUGCAGUGUUUGUUCCACCCAAUGGAGAGCCGCUCGUUCUAACAUCGGAUGGUGGUGUUGUUGCUCUUCCUUCAAAGCUUGCUUUGUCUGGCUCUGAAUUUGCUGUUGAUGACGUUUCUGUACAAGGAUCUGUAAGAGAUGAACUAGACGAGAGAGAUGCUCAUGAAGCAGAGGUGAUGAGCACGUUUGAGGGUGUACGUGGUGCCAGUAGUUUUUACCAGCACAGCACUUGUAGUGACAGUGGAGUUUAUGAAAGCAGCCAACAUAUUUUACACAAUUCUGGUUUAGCACCAAUACCAUCUUCUCCUCGUACAUCUGCCAGGACAAGAAACUUUCAAGUAAACAGAGCAACUGACGCUUCUGAAGAUAUUGUAAAUGCUGAUCAUCAAUUAUCAGAACACACCAAGGGAAACAGCGUUGAAGCUGAGACAGCAAAAGGCUCAUGUGCAUCGCCUGAUGCAAGAAGAAACUUAGAAUCACUGAUAGCUGAAGUCUCAUCUCAUGGUGUCCAAGAUGUAGUUGACCAGCUCAAGCAAAAGAGCAAGGAAAGCAGCAUAGAGAGGAGCAAAGAUGAGCAUAUUGUUACUGAAGAGGAUAAGGUCACUGAAGAGGAGAACGUCACAGAAGAGGAGAAGGUCACUGAAGAGGAGAAGGUUAAACGAUGGCAAGCAGAAUUCCGUGAAAGGGCCAUGCAACAAAUGGAAGAAGAAUGGGCAAAAUACAAGCAGCAGAAGCUGGAACAAGAGCACCAGGCACUCCUGGAGCUGGAGCAAGAUGAAAAAGAUAAGAAAGAAGCAGCAGUUAGAAAUCAAGAUGAAGAGAGGAUGGCAGCUAAUGAGGUGAACCUAAGCGAAGCAGAAAAUGAAAAGCAGCCGAUAGGUAUCAUUGAUAGGGAGAAGUUGUCUGAAGAAGUGCCAUCCUCUGGUGAUGGCAGUCCUGAUGACGGGAUCGUUAAUACAGAAGCUGCUGCAAACUAUCCAUCGGGUCAAAAGACUACACAAAAAGUUGUGUCAUCGACAAAAGCAACGGACAGUGAUGAAGAGAAUACAUCAGAAAUUGGAGAGAGAGUUGAAAGUCCAGCCAGCUCUCUGUCAUCUGAUAAAGCAUUAGGAAUUACUGACAAGGAUGAUGAGAGGAAGCAGCCUACACCUGAACAAGUCACAUGGCAUGCACCCGAAGAACCAAAGAAGUUGAAAAAGAAGAAUGCCUCUGUAAAAAGGCAAGUUCUGGCUCCAAUGAAGGGUAAACAGAAAGCGAAGACUUCAAAGAGCAAGAGAAAGUCUCGUUCUAAAUCCAGACUUGGCAACAAGGAUGAGAUUCACGAGAAUAACGAUAUUCAAGAACCAAUGAUGGAGGAAGCACAUGAACAAAUUGUCUCUUCACCAGUUGGAAUGAAGGCACCGAUGCAAUCAGCCGUCUCUCAGUUAGCUACCCAAGACAGAUUGCGACGAAUUGGUGCUCAUGCCAUAGACAAGGUUGUAAGAAGGAGUGAUGAAGAAACAUCUAGUUCUGAUGAAGGUGACUGCAAAUUUCACAAUGUAGAAGAGAUGGAUUAUAGUAGAGGAUAUUCCCAUCAAACUGGUGAUGUUAGGUCUUCCCAUCCAACUGGUGAUGCUACAUCAAGUGUUCGUCAACUGCUACAUGUACCUCAUUAUGAUCAGUUACAAGCAUACAUUCCACUAGAAGACUCGGAAGCUCUAGAUGAAUUGUCUUUUCUUCCUUCAGAUGUGGGAACUAGUGCUAUUCUCACUGAUGGCUAUGACUCAGAGACAAGUAAUGUAGAGAGAAGACUUAGCAGGAUGGAGAAACGUAACCUAGCUGCUGAGCGACGUCGACAGGAAGUUGAAAGGAAAAGACAGGAACAGAAGGAGGCAAAGAGGCGAGCUGCUGAAGAAGAAGCAAGGUUAGAGGAAAUGAAACGUGUGGUUGAGGAGCAGUUUGAAAGACAGAUUGCUGAGAGAAGAAAGCAGCUACAGCAACAACGUGAAGAAAGAGAACAAGCAGAGAGAGAGGCCCAAGAAAGUAAAGAAGCUGAACUAAGACAAAAAGACAUGAUGCAGAGACAAAUGGACGAGAUGAAGAGAAGGUUACAAGAGGAAUUAGCACGAAGACGACAGAAGGAGGAAGAGAUUCUGCAAGCCAAGCAACUCGCAGCCGAAGCAGAGGCCAAGAGACAACGCAAACUAGAGGAGAGACGAUUAAAUUGGGAAAGAAAAAUUUUGGAAGAAAAGGAUUACCAAAAGCGUCGUGAAAUGGAAGAACAGAGGAGACGAGAAGAGGAUGAGGCAAGACUGCUGGAGGAAGAGGAGAGGAAACGAAGCGCUGAAGAGAAAGAGAGACUACAACGACAACAGGAGGAGAACGCAAGGACAGUAGCACAGAGGAAAUGGUACAGUAAGACUAUGCUAGAGGCAUUGCGACUCAUGCAUGAAAUGAGAUUAAACCAAGAAUUCACAUAUUCCUAUUAUACUUUUAUACCAUACAGCUCAUUGUGGUGAGCCCACUCUAUGCAUUGUCUAUAUUACCUGUUCAUUUGAAUUGAUGCUUUAUACACACUGUAUUCUUUGGCAUGUGCCUUACGACUAUAUUCUUUGUAAUAAUUUCAAUCUAUAUAAUUAGAUGUAGAUUGUGGUGGA